UGGCUUUGGAAUAAGUUCCACGUCACAUUUGCCUGCCGUGCACAAAACUGCAGGCGAAAAAACACAUCAGACUCUUGGUGGAUGAUAUAAAAUACUACAGGUGAAGGAGACCAAAACCAGCAAACACAAACAUGCCUCUGAGGCUGGAUAUCAAGCGCAAACUCACGGCUCGAUCUGACCGUGUCAAAAGUGUAGACCUUCAUCCGUCCGAGCCAUGGAUGCUGGCCAGUCUGUACAACGGCAGUGUCUGUGUGUGGAACCAUGAAACACAGACUCUGGUUAAGACUUUUGAAGUCUGUGACCUUCCAGUAAGAGCUGCCAAGUUUGUUGCCAGGAAAAAUUGGGUCAUUACUGGUGCUGAUGACAUGCAAAUUCGGGUUUUCAACUAUAAUACACUAGAGAGAGUACAUAUGUUUGAGGCCCAUUCAGAUUACAUUCGCUGCAUCGCUGUUCAUCCCACCCAGCCCUACAUCCUCACAAGCAGUGAUGACAUGUUGAUAAAGCUCUGGGACUGGGAAAAGAAAUGGUCCUGCAGUCAGGUGUUUGAGGGCCACACACACUACGUCAUGCAGAUUGUCAUCAACCCCAAAGACAACAACCAGUUUGCGAGUGCAUCACUGGACAGAACCAUAAAGGUUUGGCAACUGGGCUCUUCCUCUCCUAACUUCACUUUGGAGGGCCAUGAUAAGGGGGUGAACUGUAUUGAUUAUUACAGUGGAGGAGAUAAACCCUAUCUUAUAUCUGGAGCUGAUGACAGACUGGUCAAGAUUUGGGACUAUCAGAAUAAGACAUGUGUGCAGACGCUCGAGGGUCACGCUCAGAAUGUGUCCUGUGUAAACUUCCACCCAGAGCUGCCAAUCAUCAUCACUGGAUCUGAGGAUGGCACGGUUCGAAUCUGGCAUUCCAGCACUUAUCGUCUAGAGAGCACCCUGAACUAUGGUAUGGAGCGGGUGUGGUGUGUGUGUGGCUUGCGCGGCUCCAACAGUGUGGCAUUGGGCUAUGACGAAGGCAGCAUCAUUAUCAAGCUUGGUCGUGAGGAGCCAGCCAUGUCAAUGGAUACCAGUGGAAAAAUCAUUUGGGCCAAGCACUCUGAGAUUCAGCAGGCUAACCUCAAAGCAAUGGGAGAUGCUGAGAUCAAAGAUGGCGAGAGGCUGCCACUGGCGGUGAAAGACAUGGGCAGCUGUGAGAUCUAUCCACAAACCCUCCAGCACAAUCCUAAUGGAAGGUUUGUGGUGGUGUGCGGAGAUGGAGAGUACAUAAUCUACACUGCCAUGGCUCUAAGAAAUAAGAGCUUUGGAUCUGCACAGGAGUUUGUCUGGGCCCAUGAUUCAUCUGAGUACGCAAUUCGGGAAAGCAGCAGUGUGGUGAAGAUCUUCAAAAAUUUUAAGGAGAAAAAAUCUUUUAAACCAGACUUUGGAGCAGAAGGCAUCUAUGGUGGUUUCUUGCUGGGUGUCCGAUCAGUGAAUGGCUUGGCUUUCUAUGACUGGGAUAACACAGAGCUGAUUCGCCGCAUUGAGAUCCAACCCAAACAUAUUUUCUGGUCCGACUCUGGUGAGCUGGUGUGCAUUGCCACAGAGGAGUCUUUUUUCAUCCUGCGCUAUCUGUCAGAGAAGGUGGCCGCAUCACAGGAGUCAAAUGAGGGGGUUACUGAAGAUGGUGUCGAAGAUGCUUUUGAGGUCCAGGGAGAGAUUCAGGAAGUGGUAAAGACUGGUCUGUGGGUGGGAGACUGUUUCAUUUACACCAGCUCAGUCAACAGACUCAACUACUUUGUUGGAGGAGAGAUUGUCACUAUUGCUCACCUGGACAGAACCAUGUAUCUUCUGGGAUACAUUCCUAAAGAUGACCGUCUUUACCUGGGUGAUAAGGAGCUGAACAUAGUGAGCUACUCUCUUCUGGUGUCUGUCCUGGAGUACCAGACGGCCGUCAUGCGCAGAGACUUUGGCAUGGCAGACAAAGUGCUGCCCACUAUCCCUAAAGAACAGAGGACCAGAGUUGCCCACUUCCUGGAAAAACAGGGUUUCAAGCAGCAGGCUCUGGCCGUGUCCACUGAUCCAGAGCACCGGUUCGAGCUGGCGCUACAGUUAGGAGAGCUGAAAAUUGCUUAUCAGCUAGCAGUAGAAGCUGAGUCAGAGCAGAAGUGGAAGCAGUUGGCAGAGUUGGCCAUCACUAAGUGCCAGUUUGGUUUGGCUCAGGAGUGCCUCCAUCAUGCGCAGGACUAUGGAGGACUACUGCUGCUGGCCACUGCAUCUGGCAACGCCGCUAUGGUUGCCAAGCUUGCAGAGGGGGCAGAGCGUGACGGCAAAAACAAUGUUGCCUUCAUGACCUACUUCCUGCAGGGAAAACUGGACAACUGUUUGGAGCUUCUGAUCAAGACAAAUCGUCUACCAGAAGCAGCCUUUCUUGCCCGCACAUAUCUGCCCAGCCAAGUAUCCAGGGUGGUGAAGCUUUGGAGAGAGAGCUUGUCAAAAGUGAAUCAGAAAGCUGCAGAGUCUCUGGCAGACCCCACUGAGUAUGAAAACUUAUUCCCAGGCCUGAGAGAGGCCUUUGUGGCAGAGCAGUACCUGAGAGAGACCUGCCUCGGCAAAACCAGACCUGCCACUGACUACCCACUGGUCACGCCCAAUGAAGAAAGGAACGUGCUGGAGGAGGCCACUGGUUAUGAACCCAAAGGAAUUAUCCCCACUUCCACGCAGCAGGUGAAGGAUGCAGAGGAGGCACCGGAGGAUGUGGGUGUUUUGGCCUCGGUGACGGCAGCCGUCUCGGCUCCAGUAGUUACAGCAGUGCCUACUGUGAGUCAUGCAGAAUCCCAGCCUGCUGUGAAGACAAAGAAAGAGCUUCCCGAGGUGACAGCAGCAGAACAGAAGAUUAUUGAUGAAUUGGAGGAUGAUUUGGAUAACAUGGAGCUUGAUGACAUCGACACCACAGACGUCAAUCUGGAUGAUGACUUCUUAGACGACUAAACCCUCAGCACUGAAGCAUUAAGUUUAUUUAAGCGACCAAACCUUUUUUAUUUGUUCCUGUUAGACCUGCAGAGCUGAAGUCUUAGGUGAACUGGGCUGAAUAUAAAGUCUUUUCGGGCGUACCACCGAUGGAAAGAUAAGGAGAAAUGUGCUUUAUUGAUGGUAAAUUUUUUUGUACUUCAUUCUGGACCUUCCAUU